AGUCAAUGGUAUAUACUUCAAUAAUGGUGGCGUUUAGCAAACUUCAAAAUCGUAUCACUUCAACAAUUUCAGCAAAUAACUAUGGUAUUGCUGCUGCUGGCGCUGUUGCAGUUGCCUUCUUUAUUUGGAAUAAAGGACGGCUUGAAAGAAAAGAAAAAAUGCUUGAUGAUAAAGAUGAAAAAGAGCAUUCUGCAGUCUCUCUAGAAAUAAAGCAUAAGAAAAGCAAGAAAAGCAAAAGUCGAGUUGCCGUAGAUAACAAGUUUUUCAGGGACCUUUUUCAAUUGAUUAAAAUUGUUAUUCCUGGAUGGUUAACCCCAGAGACCGGUUUAUUGGCUCUUGUCGCCGCUUCUCUUGUAACAAGAACAUAUUGUGAUUUAUGGAUGAUACAGAAUACCACAAGCAUUGAGAGGUCCGUCAUUGGUCGUGAUAUAGAUGGCUUUAGAAAGAAUAUUUUGGCAUUUGUUUAUCGUAUGCCUCUUCUUUCUAUCGUGAACAACAUUCUUAAGUAUGGUUUAAAUGAAUUAGAGCUUUGCUUACGAACAAGAAUGACAAAACAUCUUCUCUCAAAAUAUUUGAGUAACUUCGUCUAUUAUAAAAUCAGUAAUUUGGAUACGAGAAUUUCCAAUCCUGACCAAUUACUCACCCAGGAUGUUGAAAAGUUCUGUAGUGGUUUGGUUGAGUUAUAUUCUAAUCUUAGUAAGCCCAUUCUCGAUAUCAUUUUAUACGUGUACAGACUCUCUGGAGCGAUUGGUGUUCAGGGUCCUUUAGCAAUGUUGGGUUAUCUCAUACUGUCUGGUGUUGUUUUGACAAGAUUAAGGCGACCAGCAGGAAAAAUGACUGUUGAAGAACAACAUCUAGAGGGAGAGUACAGAUAUGUCAACUCCAGACUGCUGACCAAUAGUGAAGAGAUUGCUUUCUAUCAAGGCGAUUCUCGAGAAAAGUUGGUUAUAAAUCACGCUUUUCAACGAUUGAUGAACCACUUGAGAACGUUCUUGCAAUUUCGAGUUACGAUGGGUUUCUUUGACAGUAUUAUUGCGAAAUAUAUUUCUUUGGUUGUUGGCUUCUCCGUUGUUAGUAUUCCCUUCUUAAGUUUGAGCAAUCCUAAAUAUAUUAACAGCACUUACAGCGAAAGACUACAGGACUAUUAUGUCAGCGGUCGUAUGAUUGUUAAAAUGAUGGAAGCUGUUGGUAGAGUGGCACUUGCUGGUCGAGAAUUGACCAGAUUGGCCGGUUUUACUGAGAGAGUGAAGGAAAUUAUUGACGUUUUAAAAGACUUAAAUGAAGGAAUUUACAAACGAACCAUGGUCUCAUCUGGAAUGCAGGAUGCUGCAAGCAAUGGCAGCAGUUGUGUUCGUAUAAACACAGAAUGUCCGUCUGGAACAGUCAUAGAAUGUGAUCAUAUUAUAAGAUUCGAAAAUGUGCCUCUAGUUACUCCUAAUGGAGAUGUGUUAAUCCGCGAGUUAAAUUUUCAGGUUGAAUCUGGUAUGAACGUGCUUGUAUGUGGUCCUAAUGGUUGUGGAAAAAGUUCUUUAUUUAGAAUUUUAGGAGAGUUAUGGCCGUUGUUUGGUGGAAAGCUGGUAAAACCUCAUCGCAGCAAGCUUUUUUACGUUCCACAGCGUCCAUAUCUUGCAAUAGGAUCUUUGCGAGAUCAAGUUAUUUAUCCUGAUUCAGUUGAACAACAAAGAGAGAAAAAAAUAACUGACGAAGAACUGGAGGAAUUUUUGAAACAGGUUCAACUGGAAUACAUAUUAGAAAGAGAAGGUGGAUGGGAUGCUGUGCAGGAUUGGAUGGAUGUCCUAAGUGGUGGAGAAAAACAACGUAUUGCUAUGGCUCGACUGUUUUAUCAUCGUCCGCAAUUUGCGAUAUUAGAUGAGUGCACUAGUGCUGUUAGUGUUGAUGUCGAAGGCUUUAUUUACAGUCAUUGUCGUGAGAUCGGUAUAACAUUGUUUACAGUUUCACACCGGAAGUCACUGUGGAAACAUCAUGAGUUUGUGCUUUACAUGGAUGGCCGUGGUUCUUACGACUUUAAGAAGAUUGAUCCUAAUGUUGAAGAAUUUGGAUCGUAAAAAUCUAACACUUUAAGAUGUACAGUUUUCCAUAUUCUGUAAUGUCGCGUAAUCUGUAUCUAAGGAAUUUUUGGAGGUUUCCGUUUUGCCUAACGUCGUUAAAUUUGAAGUUGAACUGCACGCGUUACGAUCAAAGGAUGUCAGACCUAUCCAGGAUGUUGUAGUCGAGCCAAAGUUUGACGUAGGAAUAGGCACGACCUUUAUAAACAAUCAAAGUAAAACCUUAUUAAUCUCGACUGAAUUCAGCGUUUUUUAUGUUUAACAUAUUAUAUUCAAGAAUUAGAAA